GAACAGCAGGGACUAUAAAGACACUCUUCUCCGGAUCCAUGCAGCACCUCCAUGCGGUGCAUGGGGGGGCUCUUAAUGAAUCACCCUCUGCUUUUGGUCCUCAUCGGGGAAAUGUGCAGCCCGGCACUGAUUGAGUAAAAGGUCCAAGUCGUCAAGUGCAGGUGGAUCCUCUUGCACGAGUGGGUGUUGUUGAUUUUUUUUUAAACACUGCAGGAUAUUCUUCCAAGUCCACCAUGCUCAGACUGGAGACUCUGGUUUGCACUUUUUCCGCGCUGUGCAUCGCAGCCAAAGCAGAAUUGAAAGCGAGGAAUUGUAGCGAAGUGAGGGAGGUUUGUGCAGCCAAGGGCUUCAGCUUCGUGCAUGUUCCCCUGCAGGAGAUCUCAGGUGAACAUCUUCGAGUGUGUCCGCAGGGAAACACGUGUUGCACCCAAGAAAUGGAGGACGCCUUUGGCCAACGGAGUAAGCAAGAGUUUGGCGAUCUGGUUGAAGAGAUAAGUCAUGACUUGAGAAGUGUCUUUGUCUCCAGGCAUCAGAAGUUUGAUGAAUUUUUCCUGGAGCUUCUGGACAACACGGAGAGGUCCUUAAACGAGAUGUUUGUAAGGACUUACGGCAAGCCUUACAUGCAGAAUGCAGAGGUUUUCGAGAACCUUUUCGCCGAGCUGAAACGGUACUACACGGGAGGGAACGUCAACCUGGAGGAAAUGCUUAAUGACUUUUGGUCUCGCCUGCUGGAGCGCAUGUUCACCUUGCUCAAUUCCCAGUACGUCAUCACCGAGGACUACCUGGAGUGUAUCAGCAAGUACACUGACCAGCUCAAGCCCUUUGGAGAUGUACCCCGUAAGCUGAAGGCUCAGGUCACGAGGGCGUUCAUCGCUGCCCGCACUUUUGUCCAAGGACUCUCUGUUGGCCGGGAAGUGGCUCAGAGAGUAUCUAAGGUGAGCAGCACUCCGGCGUGCAUGCGAGCGAUGACAAAGAUGUCGUAUUGCCACUUCUGUCAAGGCAUGCCGGCCAUUAAGCCCUGCAAGAACUACUGCCUCAAUGUAAUGAAGGGCUGCCUGGCCAAUCAAGCCGAUCUGGACUCUGAGUGGAACCAUUACAUCGAUGCCAUGCUGCUGGUGGCUCAGAGACUGGAAGGACCUUUCAACAUAGAAUCUGUCAUGGACCCAAUUGAUGUGAAGAUCUCAGAGGCCAUCAUGAACAUGCAAGAUAACAGCGCCCAGGUCUCCUACAAGGUUUUUCAAGGUUGUGGCCAGCCAAAACCCUCAGGAAUGAGUAGGUCUACCCGUGGCGUACCGGAUGUGUUCAACGCCCGCUUCAGGCCGUACAACCCGGAUGAGCGUCCAACCACGGCAGCUGGCACAAGCCUAGACAGACUGAGGAUUAUUUGGACUACGAUGCAACACAGUGUGGUUGAUAUUAAAGGUAAACUGAAGCAGUCAAAGAAAUUUUGGUCCAGUCUGCCUGAGGAGAUGUGUGCCGAGACCAGACUGACUGCAGGGAAUGUUACCGAUGACCACUGCUGGAAUGGACACACCAAGGGGAGGUAUUUCCCCGAAGUGGUAACGGAUGGCCUGACCAACCAGGUGAAUAACCCAGAGGUCACCGUCGACAUCACCCGUCCAGACACGUUCAUACGUCAGCAGAUUAUGGCUCUUAGGGUGAUGACCAACAAGCUGAAGAACGCCUACAACGGGAACGACAUCUAUUUCCAGGACUCAAGCGACGAGGGCAGCGGUUCAGGCAGCGGCAGCGGCUGCACGGAGGCCUGCCCCACAGACGCGGCUGUGCCCGCUUCCGAGGCCCCUCUUGUGGAAGCAGACCGGAGCGAGCCGAUGGGCGGCGCCUCUUCUCUCUACGUGCCCCAUCUAGGCCUUCUAUCUACUCUGGCUCUCUCAGCCUCGGCCCUCCACAUGCACUGGAGAUAA